UAUCUUUGAAACCGGUUCCUGCACCAUUGAUUUAGCGUAUAUCGAAAAAGGAAGGAAGGGACAACACUAGUAAUUUCUUGUGGUUGGUUGAUUUGGUUGGCUACAGGAAUCGUAUAUUUCUUUCUUUGGUUUUGCGUGCUUUGAAAAGGUAGACUAUUUGGAGGUCAGUUUGGAUUGUUGAGACAACAUUUUGCGAAGACCAACUUUGACAAACAUACGGCAAUAUGAACGAGUUGAAGUCGCUGGAACAUGCGACUUUGAAGGUGCCAUAUGAGGUCUUCAAUAAGCGGUAUCGCAAUGCCCAGCGCGUAUUGGACCUGGAGGCCAGACAGGUGGCUAGUGCUAGCGGGGAACUGGAAAACGCUACAAGAAAACCAGUCACUACUGGAGAGAUUGACACCCUCCUCGGUGGAAUGGUGGAAAGAUUAACGACAAUGAAACGCAAAGCCUCGGAAGCCAUCAAUGAGGAGGUCCAAGCGGCCAUGGUCUGUAAGAAGCGACUCGAGCAUUUAAAGGAGCAGGCUGUAGCUUUAUCUGAACCUAGUACUCCUCAAUCCAGGACCGCUUUAAGUCAGUGGCGCAAGGUCCGCCUAGACCGGAUGCUGGUAGACUACUUCCUACGGAAUGGUUACUACGAUUCUGCUAACAAACUUGCUGACUCCAGGUCGCUACGGGACCUCACUAAUGUCGACAUAUACUCCGCCGCGGCGGAGGUGGAGGCGGAGCUGCUGCAGCGGCGCACGGCGCGCUGCCUGCAGUGGUGCGCCGACAACAAGUCCAAGCUGCGGAAGCUCAACUCCAGCAUGGAGUUCAAGUGCCGGAUACAGGAGUUCAUAGAGCUAGUUCGCGAAGACAAACGCUUGGAGGCGGUGCGCUAUGCGAAGAAACACUUCUCUACUUACGAAGAGGGACAGCUACAAGACAUUCAGCAUUGCAUGGGCAUGCUCGCCUUCCCCAAGGACACUGAGGUGGAGCCCUACCGCUCGCUGCUGCAGCAGGAGCGCUGGCGGGCGCUGGUGCAGCAGUUCCGCUGGGAGCACGCGCGGCUGCUGCACCCGCAGCGGCUGCCGGCGCUGCCCGUCACGCUGCAGCUGGGGCUGGCUGCGCUGAAUACGCCUCAGUGCUACUCGGAAAGCACUAAAGUGUCCGCGUGUCCCGCGUGCCAGCCGCCGCUCAACGCGCUGGCGCGGGCGCUGCCGCACGCGCACUGCAGCCACUCCAGGCUGGUGUGUCGCAUCACUAACGAGCCACUCAACGAGCACAAUCAACCCAUGGUGUUGCCCAACGGACAGGUCUACGGAGAGAAGGCCAUCAAGGAGAUGGUGAAGCUUGGCUCCAUCGUGUGUCCGAAAACGAAAGAAGUGUUCUCUAUGAAGAGCGUCGAAAAAGUGUACGUUAUGUAAACAUAAUAUACUGUAUACUUGUAUAUACUAUACACGUAACUAUGCUUUCAAAUUUAGGUCUAAGUUCGGUGUUCCUUUCAUGAUAUAUUUUUCGUGUUUGAGCCAUUAUUAGUCAUUUAAAAUAUAAUAAAAUGAACAAAAAUAUGACGUGAUCGGAGCAAUAUUGAAAUUUAAUUUAAAAUUAUGUAUUUCUAACCAUGACUUGGAUAUUAUUUAAAAUAAUUGCAUUUAUACUUAAAGUCUACUAUUGGAAAGUUUAUUUUUUAUUUUUAACAUAAUUUAUGAUCUUUUAUAAUAUUGUGGCACUGAGUUUGAAUCUCGCAUAAAAAAAAAAUAUAUAAAUAGACCGUAAAAAUAAGAAAAUGCACAUUGAUUAACAAUGUGUGUUGAUCUUGAUGUUGUGAACCCUAUUUCCUUGGUACGAAAAAAUAUGUCACCAUAAAAAUAUAUUUAAAAAACGGUCUUACCAUCUAUAUGAAAGUGUCUAUUACAGAUAUUUCAUUAAAUACAAAGAAAAAUAUACAUAACGAGGUUAGUGUAGCCACAUGUAAUAGAGCUAUUCAAUAUUAUAAUUUUUAUUGCCUAUUCGGCAGAUCGAGGUAGGCUCUGCCUUGUAAAAGGUGAUUAGAGACAAUAUGUAAUAUCAUUCUGUCCUGUUUCUUCUCAUGUUUUUCUAAUACGCACUUCUCUUGAUUAUAUUAUAGAAAUGGACAGUGUCUAUAAUUUUUUGUCUACUCAUUUCAUGCCUGUAGCCCCAAUCACGAUCUUUGUAAUAAAUAUUAAAAAUUCAACUUAAAUAAAAUAACUCGUUGAUGUUGUGUGAACCCAGUUUUCCUUAGUAGAGAAGUUGCCAUCUCCAAAAAUAUCUUAACGUAGCCAUCUCUGAGUCAGUGUUAAUUAAGUAUAAUAUGUCUUAAUCGCAAAAGUCGAUGUAACCCCACUUCGUUUCAUGCCGAUGAGAUUGAACAUUGUGUGGUUUAUAAAAUACUAUUACGUAAGCUUUUAUUUACCGCAAUGAAAAACCAGCAAUGUAUGCUGAAUCCGCUUUUAUGAGUUUGGCGAACUGUUUGCCGAUACUGUAUAAUGAGUAUUAUGGAUCAGUUUUCUUUGUGAAAAUGGACUUAUUUCCUCACAUAAUUCUUAGGCGUUGAGAAUUUUAGAAAUGUAUUAUUAUAGUUUGUAAUAUUCUCGUUGUAUCAUAACAUUACUAGUGUUACUUUGGGAAAUAAAUGCAAGUUAAACAUUAAAA